AAAAGAGUGCAAGUCUCUCCACCUUUAACAAGAGGACCAAGUGCCUUUAUACCAGAGAACGAAGUUAUGCAAGCAAAUGGUUUGGAUGAACGUACUAAUCUUCUUGUGGAAGAAUACUCUACAUCUGGUCGCCUGGACAACAUCACGCAGGUCAUGAGUAUCCAUACUCAGUACCUGGAAUCUUUCCUCCGCAGCCAGUUCUAUAUGUUGCGCAUGGAUGGGCCCCUUCCUUUGCCCUAUAGGCACUACAUUGCUAUAAUGGCUGCUGCCAGACAUCAGUGUUCCUACCUGAUAAAUAUGCACGUUGAUGAGUUUUUGAAGACUGGAGGAAUUGCAGAAUGGUUGAAUGGUUUAGAAUACAUUCCACAAAGACUGAAAAAUCUGAAUGAAAUAAACAAACUCCUUGCACACCGACCCUGGCUAAUCACAAAAGAGCACAUUCAGAAACUUGUCAAGACUGGAGAAAAUAAUUGGUCUCUUCCUGAAUUGGUGCAUGCUGUUGUCCUGUUGGCACAUUAUCAUGCCUUGGCAAGUUUUGUAUUUGGUAGUGGCAUUAAUCCAGAGAGGGAUCCGGAUACAUCUAAUGGAGUCAGACUUAUAGCAGUCAACAACUUCUGUGUCUGUGAUCUUGCCAAUGACAACAACAUAGAAAAUGCAUCCCUCACAAGUAGCAACUUUGGGAUUGCAGAUUCUUUAAGUGAGCUGGAGGCCUUAAUGGAAAGGAUGAAGAGGCUGCAAGAAGAUAAAGAGGAUGAAGAAGCCUCUCAGGAAGAGAUGGCAACUCGCUUUGAAAAAGAAAAGAAGGAGAGUCUGCUAGUAAUCAGUGGAGCAUUUGAUGAUGAAAUAGUUUCUACGGAUGUCUCCCGCUAUAUUGAAGAUCCUGGGUUUGGGUACAAAGACUUUGCAAGGCGAGGAGAAGAGCAUCUGCCAACAUUCAGAGCUCAGGACUAUACUUGGGAAAAUCAUGGCUUUUCCCUUGUAAAUAGGCUUUAUUCUGAUAUUGGGCAUCUCCUCGAUGAGAAGUUUCGGAUGGUCUAUAACCUCACAUACAACACUAUGGCAACACAUGAAGAUGUUGAUACAACUAUGCUGAGAAGAGCUUUAUUUAACUAUGUCCACUGUAUGUAUGGAAUCAGGUAUGAUGACUAUGAUUAUGGAGAAGUUAAUCAGCUACUUGAACGCAGCCUGAAGGUUUACAUAAAGACAGUGACCUGCUACCCAGAGAGAACUACCAAGCGCAUGUAUGAUAGUUACUGGCGUCAGUUCAAGCACUCGGAGAAGGUUCACGUAAAUCUACUUCUAAUGGAAGCUCGUAUGCAAGCAGAACUUCUGUACGCCCUUCGUGCCAUAACUCGUCACUUAACCUGAAGCAUUCACUGGGAGGGAGUAAAGGAAUUUUUACUGAGUAUGUAAAGACCUUUUGAAAUAGAUACACGCCAGAAGCUGUUUGUGAUGUAGCAUCAGGUUAUUCAAUUCUCUAGUGUCAAAGUUUAGCCGUGCUUCUUGACGGCUGUAAUGUGCAAUGACGUGUUUUAUUUUCUUGAUGCUUAACAUUACUAAUGAUAACAAAAAUAACACUGAGGAGCACUACUCUACAUUGUUUCCGGUUGGAUUUCUGCACAAAGGUCAGAGUCCUAAAACUAUUUUUAUUAUACUCAUUUUUAGCGCUUUCUUCUUUAAGCACUGGAAUAAAGUGCUUAGAGACUUCUUUUCCAAGCAAUCAUUUUUCAGAUUAAUGGAAUCCAGCAGAAGAUCUGUUUUGAAUGUUCUGAGAACUUACCACAGAGUCAUAACUCUGAUAGAGAUGCAUGUGCUGUGUUAAAUUGAAUUGCCCACUGGAUUCUUCUGUGUCUCCUGGAGACUGCUUGCCAGUCACUGUCUUACUACAGCAAUUGAAGGUGAUGUGAAAUGUGUAUGCAAAUAUUGACCACACUUUAAUGUGAAAUUAAUCAUGAUAAAUUCUGCGGCAUGCUACUGAAGUACAAAAUUCAUCUGUUUUAUCUUGUCUCUUCCCCAGAGAAGAGACUUCACAAUUUACCAUUUCAGCUAAACUUACUGUGUUUCAAUCAUGCAUAAUCUUGUUUUACUGACAGUCACCCUCAGUUGUCUUUACAAUAUCCAUGCUCAUCACAUGUUGCAAUUUGUUUAGUUGGCACCUGUAAAGUUGAUACUCAGACUGACCAAAAAUAGGAUUGUGUGGUUUUUUGCACUCUCUUCUUUCUCAAUGUUUAACUAAGGAAAGUAAAGGAAGGCUAGCAUAUCUGUUCUUUCAUAUUGGAUGUAUAGAAAUUUAUUUCCCAUAACUUUUUCAUAGCAUGACAUUUUAAUAUUCAAAGUUUUACAAGUUUCUAUGCAUUAGUGUGAGUGAACAAAUGAAAAGUGCAAUAUUUAAAAAGAAGCAAGCUUUUUUCCCUGUCCUGUCACUGCUAAAGUGUCCUUCUUCGUAUAGCCAUAAAGAAAUUUUGAAACCAAAUUUCUUUAUUGUCUAAGGCCUAGCAGUUUUGUUUUUAGCUUUUGUGGCUUAAGACAACCUGAUACUGAGAUGCCAAAGCAUCCCCAAAACAAAGCAUUCUUGGACAACCAAUAAUAUUGGGGAAGGGAAGAAAUAAGCUGCCAAAAAUGUCACAGUUUUGUGCUGUUUCUGUUACUUCUGACAAAUUUUUAAGAGCACAAAAUGUUGAUAUUUAUAGCUUUAUUUUGUAUUGCAUUUAAUGAACCAGUGAAGUGCCUAAAGAGAUGCUUAAACUUACCCAAGAGGAUGCAAGUUGUCACUGCUUAAGCUUUUGUCUAUUGGUUUCGGCUUUUCGUUUUACUUUGAGGAGGGUGACCGUUCUUUCUCUCACAUACAUUCAAAACUAGCAGGAUAGAUUCAUUUUUUAUAUUCUAUUGAAUUGUAGAAGGUGAUAUAGGAUUUUUUUUCCAUUGACAGUCGCAGAAUAGUUUUUUAAAAUUACAAUAUUAUCAGCCAUAUCUUAACACUUUUCGUUGACAAAAUCAUGGACCAGUAUACUACUAAAAUUAGUUUUCUCUCUUCUUUACUUUUUCUGAUACCUUGCUGUGAAUUUGCAUGUUGUUUUUUUUCACUUUAUCUGUCUGUUCCAGAUUGGAAAACUAAAUGAUUGUACACUUUUUCUGCACUUUGAGACUGCAGACUCUGUGCAUGAAAAACUUCUGAGGAAGAAGUCAGUAACUUUUUACAAACUUUAACAUUAGCUAUUGAGAAAACUACCCAACAGACAGCAUCAGAAUCUCUUCUAUAGGGAGCUUUGCAUAAAACAUCAGAUUUAUUUAUCUGUGCAGUUAGCUAUAUAAGAUUUCUCAGAAGCACUGAGAUGUUGAUACGUAUGAACUUAGAUUAACUUUCUAAGUUCUUAAAAUCCUUUUUCCUCCCUAUUGUAACUGUAGUGGCCACGCUUAAUAGUUUUUGUGCAUAAAACGGUUCGGCUGAAAGAACUUUUCAUGCAAUAGUUUUGCUUUUUUUUUAAGUGAUGGGAACUGUACAGUGCUACUUUAAAUUCCUUUGUUACGAAAAGUCAAGUAGUUCUCGAGAAGCACAGUUGAGCUUUGGAAAAGAGGUGAAACUAGAUUUAGGUAACUAAUAUGACCACUUAGUUUCCCUUCAGAAAUGCAGACUCUUAGAGUAGGUUGAGUUUUAUGUUUGGAAACAUGAGUGCCUUUACUUCUUUCCUUAUGAAAUAUACUUGCCUGCUCAAAUGCCUUCUGAGCAAAGUACAUGAGUAGAUUUGAAAUAUAGAAACCAUAAAUGGAUUGCUUCAUAAAACUUGUAGUGAAUCAGUAAUUUUUUUUAAGAUGCCAUAUUGAGUCAGAUAUGGCCUGCAAGACAUUCCAUCAUAGGAAAUGUCAUUUUACAAGUAGUUUGCUAUAACUUUUUUUUUUUUUUUUAAUAGACGAUGUAAACUUGAAACUUCUGAAAAUGCUUUCCAGGUGGCUUUUUUUUUUCUUCAAAGUAUUGCAUUUACGAUGUAACAAUUUAUAGCCUAGUUUUUAUACUCAAAAUUAUGAUUUUUAAUAGAUGUUUGUUCAGAAUAGGUGUUUAAAGUCAUACAGUUAUACCAUAUGUUUUACUCACACUUUAGGUGCACAUCGUGCCAAAUUUUAAUGUGCAAGUGUUCUUGGAUUUUGGGGGGGGGAGGGGGAGGGGGUUAAAGCACUCAUGAAUGUGAAUCCUCACACUUUGCUCAUUAAUACUAUUGUUAAGAGUACCAUAAUCAUUGGAUACUCUCCCUCUGUGUUCCUUUAUUGAGAUUCAUCUUUACCAGCACUAGUCCACAAAAUCCCAGCCAUGACCAGUUUUAAACAAAGUGUACAGUCUCCUGUCUACUGAAGAGAAAGCUUGUUAGGUAUCAAUGAACUCGCUAUCACAGGAAAUGCUGUCAGUAGGGAACAGAGCUUGUGAGCGUGGACAGCUUGCUAACCUUGCAGAAUCGCACUAAAAUGUGUGCUCUGAUGGGGUGCACUCUCUUGGAAAUCACUGCGGUUUUCUGGUAAUGAAGAGAAGUGAAAAAAAUUACAAAUUGGAGAAGGCAUUUUCAUUUUCCAUAACACACUGCCUGCACCUGGACAUCACAGGAGUGUCAUCAUACAAGUACAGAAACCAUUUUACACUAAGGUACAGUUUGUGCAAAUAGCUAUUAAAACUAGCCCUGUGGUGUCGUAUCAGAAUUCUGUUGAACCAUAGAAGGAUUUCUUCUUAACAGUUCAUCAAGACUGAGCUGAAGCAUGUAUGCUUUGUCCUAAAGCCUUCAUUAAAAUGAGAAGAAUGUACUUCAGACUUGAAAAAUGAAAGAAUUGCCGCUAUCAGCCCUUUUAAAAAAAAAACACUUUAGGGACAGGGGAAAUCAGUGAUUAUAAAUAGUUAUAAUUUAGGUCUCUCCAUAAAUUUAUAAUGGAUUAGAACUGAACAGAAAGGAAAACAUUUUGCUUCUCCGUUGCUUCAUGAAAGGUCAAAGCACCAUAUUCUUCAAAGUAUUUUUGUUCAUAGCAGUGCUGAUAGAUGGUUUAAUGGGAUUUGGAAAAGCAGCUAGUUGCCUGAAUUUCAAAGGGAGCACCUAGGCACUUAGCAAAAUCCUAUCAGGUACUCGCUUGCAUUUUGAGUCAUAUUUUUAAAGAUACUUAAUCAUCUAAAUUCAAGAGAAUAGAAUCAGUUUCCAUAGAGAUUAAAGGAAUAAUAUGAAGCAGAUACAUGUUUUGCAGAUUUGCUGCAAUUAUUAAUGAAAUAAGUUAUUUUGAGGCCUUAAUAUAUAAUUAGAAAAAUCUUUCCAAAAGAAGUUAAUCUGUAAGCUGCUACUCUUGCAGAACAGGUUCUCAGUGUUUCUCAUGCGUGUGUGUUUUUCAUGAAGACGUGCAUUUCAGGCUCACAUUCAAGAGUUUGGACUCUGUUUUAGAACUGAAUUAUUUAACCUCUGCUUGGAGAAAAGAUUUAUUGGCAUCAGCAAGUGUGGAGUUUGUGCUGGGUCUUAAAAUUUUUGGCCAGAAGGAUAUAUUCCACAUCUUCUUGAUUUCGACUGAUGUACUUUCAGUUGCUUUCCUUAGAGGUUCAGAUUCUUUUCUCAUAAAUAAGGGGUGAAGUUGCAGAAGAUAGGGGGUGGGGAAUUUCUUUGUAGAUGAAUUUUCCCAGAACUGCUCUGAAUAUAAAGCUAUUAAAAUUGGUUUGCCUUUAGCAAUCAAUCCAUGAGCUGGACAAAAAAGUCAAUUUUCACAAUCUGAACUUCAGAUUUAUCCUUCCUAAUGUCCCCCAGCAUAUAUAUAUAUGUGUCUAAAGAGAUGCAUCCGCUAGCUUCUUCACAUUUGGAAAGGGUAAAUGAAGCUUUUUAUCCCCAACUGAAAAUUAAUUUGUCAUUCUUACCUACUGCAUAGAUCACAGGUGUGGAAGAUGGAAAGAACGCAGUAGUAUGAGGAAAAGUUAGGACCAUCUUGAACACUGUUGAUUUAUUUCAUAGAGCAAGUUUUCUUGACCUGUGGUCGUGCUGCUGCUCCCCCAACACACAUCAGGUCUCCCCUGCAGACGUUUUCUCUUCUCACGAGAGGCACAAUUUGUCAUGUUACACUGCCACUACCACUACUCCCUGCAUCAAGUGCUUCCUGUUUUUCUAACUCUCAAACCCUAAUAAUCUUUGAGAGACAACCUCCUAGCCUUAACCUCAUAAAAUAACUUAAAGUUCCCAUGUUACCAUUCUUUAUUGAGUUCAUAGGAUCUUUCUUAUGUUCAGAAACACUUAAUUCCAGUAUUAAGUUGUUUCUGGACAGGAAAAUUCUAAAUCUUGUUUGAAAGUAUGGUACUUAGUACGUACUUAGGAUAUUUAAGUAGUACUUGCUAGUGGCGUAUCAGAUUCCAUCUCUGGAAUUACAAUAAAAAUCCAGUGAAUCCACUAAGAAAAUGCUUUCUUUGGCAAAAUUCCCCUUGCUUGAGAGCUUUUUAGCCAUGCAAGUUUCUUUUAGGGAUUUCUCACAGGGAAUUUUGAGGUAUUCUUUUGUAGAGUGGAUGGUAGUAAAGUGGAUGUUAAUGGGCUUGUUCGUCUGGACUGUUCCUCAGACUCCUCACAGUGGGACAGACUGCAAAUGGCCUUUAGAACAAACUGGUUUGGGUUUUGUGUUUAUGAGAUAAAUCCAAAUGCAAAAUUUAUGUAGUGUUUGCUUGAGACAUAGCCACGUUUUCGCGUUCCUACUCACACGUAAUACUGUAAGACUCAUGAAUUUUAAUGAAAACAGAAUCUGAGUUCUGCCCUUGUUCUUGACAGUAGUUAGAGUCAGUAUUUAAGACGCCAGUGAAUAGACUAAAUGUGGGCUUAGGCAGGCAACAACUUACACUGUAAGCAUCUGAAAAUAAAAAUAACAGGGGACACAAGCAGCAUCAGGGGAGAUCAACAUUUUUGACCAUUAAAGUAGCUUUACUAACAUGUCCAAAAGGUUCUUCUGUAUUUCUGUGUAUGCGAGAGACAGGAGAAAAAUACCUUCUUGCAAGAUUUCCGGUGAGUUUCUGUAUAAUGAAAGAUGAGACUCCGAGCUGCUGUGGAAAACCUUUCCCUUUUAUUAUUCUGUUGGUGUAGAAGGGCAAGUGUAACAUUUCAUUUUUGGCUGAGUAAAACACGCUGCUGUUGAACUGCGUUUUCUCACCUCCAUCAACUCUUUGAAGGGAGUUUUAAAACAAAAUAGAUGAAUUACCAGUGUGUCUCCAGCUCAUGGUCUGGGAGACAAUGACAGCAGUUGAUCCAAACACACACAGUCUCAAACUUGAUCCACUGUUUCUCACUUGCCACUUCAUGCUCAUGUUGUGCCACCAGAUUUAAACCUGGCCUUCCUUUUUACUUGCCUCCCAAUUCGCAUGCUACAUGAGUGGGUGGCUACUAGAAACGAUCUGCUAGUAUUGACAGGAGAUCCAGCUGCUCGAACGUCUAAGGCAAGGAAAUUUUCCUUUAAAAAAAAUUAGGCUGCAGUCUUUGGACUCUGUGGGGAAAUGUAGUCACAAGUAUUUCAUGAUUAUGACCGGAACUGGAUAUAAACUGUAGCUUAAAAAAUAGGAAUUUUGUAAACUUGAAAUCUCUCAGUUUUACCCUUUCUCUUUUUGCUGGAAAGCUACAUAAUGAAUGUAUAUGCUUUAUCUUUUUAUCUGACAUAACUGAAACUCCGACUGCCAACUUCUUGUUUUGUAUUAGCCUUUUUUUUUUAAGUUUGUGAGCAAUAUAUGUAGCAUGCUGUGAACGUCUGUUUUGAUCCUUAUAGUUACUCUUUAAUUCAUCAGUAUUAACACCAGUUCUUUUUUGUGUUUUCUUUGGUACUUUGUAUCCAGUGUAAUCAGAAGCUGUGAUAGGCUUUGCAGUCCUGUGCUUUGUUACUGUAAACACUUUGAUUUAUAUGAAGCAGGUGACUGUGGGCCAACCUGAGGCAGACAGUGUGACCUUACAUGACUGCCACUUUUCAAUCUCUUGUACUAUGUAUAGUUUUAAGUAGAAUAAGCUUUUUGACAGAAUAUUGAUGCGGUUUAUGAUUCACACAGGCUGCAAAUGUCUGAUGUGUGAGAGUCUGUGUAUUUAUAGUUGUUGGGUUGUGUUUUUUUUUUUUUUAAUUCAUAAAGUAGCAAACUUGAUAAACAUAGCCACUUUAAACUGCUCUUGCUAAACAGACCCUGCUGUAGAUAAAAUACCACUGUAUAUAUGGGGAGGAUUACUGGCAAUGUAGGGAGACCUCUCUAGACUGUGGAUGUGCUGAGCCCCUUUCUGGGAAAAGUAUGGUAAGAUGUGUAAGGUCCAAGCAGGAAGACUGCAAUGCGUUUGGUCACAUUUGGACCCAACUGCUGUGAAGGCCAUGGCUUAAAGUAUAUUUUAACCCUUCUUGCGUGCAAGUGAGCCAUAUGUUGCCCUCUGCAGUUCAGUGACACGGUCAGUGCAUGUGCAGCCUGGGUUUCAUGUAAGCAUUGGAUAGAGUGGAAGUGGACAUAUGGCCCAGCCCUUGGACUGGCCUGCGUGACGGAAAACUUGGGCACAGUACUUCUGCAGCCAAUAGACUCCAAGCCUCUCUUAAGUACAAAAAUUAGCAUUUAAUUUGAUAUCUAAAAAGCCUUGCUUGUGAGGGGUAAAAAGCAGUGUUUGCUCCCAGUUGACAUAACUUCUCCAAAGAUGGUUGUGAGUCUAAGCCUUGUUAACGUAAGGCUGGAUAGUGCUAUAAGGAUCUGUCUGGAGUAAAGGGCAGUGAUUUGUUGAUCAUCCCAGGAGGGAAAUUGUUUUGUAUCCAAUUGCAACUCUCACCUCUCAUCUUCUGGAGAGGGAGUAAAUUGUACCAAGUCCCUGCCUUGCAGCUGUGAGCUUCUUGCUUUGUGUUGCCACAACUGCAUGGGCAUUCUGGGAUGGAGGAUUAAUGACAAAGCUCUGAUCCUGCUGCUCUCUCCCACCACCAUCAGUGAAGUGGGGGAAGUGUAAUCGCUCUGAAGGUCCCACGUUGCCUAUCGCGUUGCUACCUAUGAGAUGAUAGCCAGCACAGGGAGUUAGGGGCACUUUACUUGUAUCGCCUCUCAGGCCACCACAUGCCUGCAGCUCCAGUGGGGUCUUACAGGGUCCUGUGCUUUUGCAGGUGGUUUGCCUGCUAGAUAAGUCAGCCGCUAGGAGUUAACCGUGGGAUUUCACCGCAGCUUGUACCUUUUGUUUCUUUUUUUUUCCUUUUAUAUUUUUUUCUUUUUCUUUUUCUUUUUCUUUUUUUUUUUUUGGCGGAGGACAGACUGACCUAGUGGGAUCCAUUUUUUUGUGUGACUUUUUUUUAUUUUUAAGUUACCCAACUUGAAUUUAUCUGAACAGAUGCAGAAGGAAUUUUUUUGUGAGUUAAGAGACAAAAAUGCAUUUUUAAACAAAGGAAUCAUGUAUUAACAUUUUAACAGCAAUUCAUAAAUCUGCACUUUUUAUGAGGUUUUGAAAAUUCUAUUUAUAGGUACGGAACAAUGGGGUUUGUUUAAAACUGUAUCGCAUUUAUACUUGCUGAAAUUACUUUCAUUGUUAUCAGUAGGAAUUUCAUUGGUUAAAUAAAAUUGAUAAAACCUG